GUGCGCUACGCCUUGCUUAUGUCUGAAGGGGGCGUUUCACAAUGUCCCACCUUUGUAGCGUUUGCGCUGCUGAGAAGACUGGAUGAUGCUGUGCUCCGUCCUUGCAGCUGCGCCGCACGACCAACAUGUGAUGGAUCAUCGUACAAGCUCGGGUGCGGCAGUAUUCGAAGCAAGCGCUCCGGCCCCUCUGGUUCUCUCCGUGAUCCGUGAUACGAACAUGGCUUGUCCAUGGAGUCGCGCGUCAACAUCGGAUCCCAGAACUGGUGGUCUUAGUUCAAACAGUUAUGAGCAGAGUAAUGUUUGUGAUUGGCUCGAUGCGCCACCAUGGCGUGGCUCACAGGGGUGAAACAUUGGGCCGGGAUUGGGGGUUUCAAAAAAUAGGUUGGGAACUUGGGAUGAGAGGUUUGGAGGCCGAACAGCAGGCCGGUGGAUUGUUGGAGGAAUCUGUACGGAGUAGUCGUC